AUGCUGCGCCGGGUCGUCGUGUUUGGCACGGGCGACAGUGGCCGGCUGGGGCUGGGCCUCCCCUUGGCCAGCAUCUUCUUCCCCCGUGUGCUGGCGGGCCCCUGGGAGGGGGACGUCAAGGCCGUGGCGGCUGGCGGCGCCCACUCCCUGGUCUGCGCCGCCGACGGCUCGGUCUACUCCUGCGGCCUGAACGACCGGGGUCAGCUGGGGCACACGCCUCGGUCUCCCCAGGUCCCCACCCCCGCCGAGGUGCUCCUGCCGGAGCCCGCCACUGCGGUGGCGGCCGGCCACUCGCACAGCCUGGCCCUGACCGAGGACGGCAGGGUGUGGGCGUGGGGGGACGGCACGCGGGGGGCCCUGGGUCUGGGCCGCGACUGCCCCCCCGUGUCCCCGCCUCGCCUCGUCAAGCACCUCCAGGGCGAGUGCGCGGGCACGCGCGUCCAGGGCAUCGCCUGCGGCCAGCACCACAGCAUGGCCCUCAGCGCCUCGGGCGAGGUGUUCACCUGGGGCGCAGACGCGCAGGGCUGCCUGGGCCACGGCGGCGGCUGGUUCUCCGGGGGCGGGACGGAGUGGCGCCCGCGCGUGCUGCGCACGCUGAGCACGCACGACGUGCGCUCCGUGUCGGCCGGGUACGCCCACUCCGGUGCCGUGACGGCGGGCGGCGAGGCCUUCCUCUGGGGCGACCCGGACUUUGUCCCCGGCGUCAGCAGGGCCAGGGUCUCCAAGGUCGACACGCCGCGCUUGGUCCCCCUACGCCACGCUGCUGAGCUGGCAUGUGGCGGCUCCUUGACCCUGGGCCGCGACGGCGCGGGGCACCUGUACUCCUGGGGCCCCGGCUUGCCUGGGCUGGGCAGGUCUGGCGCCUCGGGCCCCUCCCGGCCCCUGCCGGGCAUCCACGCCGUGCGCAUGGCUUCCGGCUGGCAGCACUGCGCCGCCAUCGACCACCGCGGCCACCUCUGGACCUGGGGCUGGGGCGGCAGCCAAGGCACGGCCUACAGCUGGCAGGAGGAGGGGGCGGCGGACGGCGGGCAGCUGGGGCAUGGGCCCGACUGCGGCGACAGGGAGCGGCCCUGGCCGGUGGAAUUCGUGUUUGAUGGGGGCAGGCGGCUGAGCCAGCAUGCCUGGAAGGCGGAGGCGGUGUCCUGCGGCUUCAACCACACCAUGGCCAUCGUGGCCUUCUGA